AAAAUCACCUUUCAAAAUUUGAGAGAAGGUAACAAGAUAAAUAGUUCUAUGUUAUCUCUUAUUAUUCAUGGAAUUUUAUUCAAACACUAUCUAAGACUAAAGGACAAACAACUUAGACAAAUUAAAAAAAACAACAAACGAGAACAGUAUAUCGAUUGGCCACGUGAUAGUAGGUUACUUUGCAACAACCUCCAUAAUUAUAAUAAAUGAAUAUUAAACAGUUUUCGUACAUUCAAUGAAUAUUGCACACCUUCAGUGCAAUCAAUGAAUAUCUACCGCGUCAUUCUGUACAAUCAAUGAACUGCGAAUCGACACCGGUAUCAUCUAUUGAUCGUUCUGUAGACUAUUCAGAGACUUAAGACACGAAUCUACCUGCAAAAUGUAAAAUGGAAUAACAGAGAUUGAUUUUCAGCCCAGUGUGGCACAGAUACAGCGGUUAGAAGGUGAAGAUGAGGAAGAAUCAAUGUGGCAUCGUUAUUUCUCUGAUAGUUGUCUGUGCCCUGGUACACUACGUCAUCUACAACUUCCUCUCCGACCCGAACCAAUACACCACCAACAAAAAGUCUGCUAUUGAAAGAGUCAGUCGUACUGUUUCUAGAGUUGGGGAACGACAAACGAUACCGAACAGUCAGCCCAGUGCGAGCUAUAAUAUUGUGUAUUACAACAAGCCUUCUUGGAUGUCUUUGGAUUUUAAGGUUCUGAAUUCUUCCACCUGUCCACAGUUGACAUGUCAGUGUUUGGUUUACACGCACAACAAGUACUUGGACGCAGCAAAUGCAGUUAUUUUCUAUGGAGAAAGUCUAGGAAAAGUCCCAAAGAAGAAGGAAGGGCAAAUGUGGACGUUCUUUUCGAUUGAAUCUCCUUAUCUGUAUUCGGUAGGAAAACAAUGGAAAGAUAAAUUUUCCUGGACAUUGACAUACCGACACGAUUCAGAUUUUAAAUACCUUUAUGGAAAGGUUCAUAAAAGAGAAACACCCCUGACGCGGGACUACUCUGAAAUAUUCAGGAAGAAAACAAAAAAUGUUGCUUGGGCGGUUAGCAAUUGUAACACGCCCUCCAAAAGGGAAUUGUAUGUCAAGAAGCUACAACAAUAUAUCGAUAUAGAUAUAUAUGGUAGAUGUGGAAAACUUAAAUGUGGCAGAAGUUCAGCUGGAAUAACUGAAUGUCACAAAAAAUUCGCGGAAGAAUACAAAUUCUUUCUUGCUGUUGAAAACUCAGUGUGCAAGGAUUACACGACGGAAAAAUUGUUCAACUUUUUCUUUUAUGAUCUCGCAAUGAUUCCAAUCAUCAACGGCCCUCAAAAUGUACAUGAGUAUAUUCCAAAAGGUACAUAUAUUAACAUAAUGGAUUAUUCAUCACCAACCGAAUUGGCAAGUGACCUACAUAGGAUCGGAUCUGAUGAAUCUCUCUAUUCUUCAUAUUUAAAGGAAAAAGAUAAAUAUGGUGCUCGGCGACUUACUUGGCAAGAUAUGUUAUGCCCCAUGUGUGCUAGACUACAUGAGCGGAAACAAAGUACAUCUAUUCCAGAUAUCAAUUCUUGGAUUUGGAAAGAUACUUGCAUUAAACCAUAAUUAAUAUCAUAUUCAUGAUGGUUUUUUAACAUUAAACCACAACAUUACCAGACCUUUAUGUAAGAGUCCUUUACUGUUUACAAAUGAAAUUAUCUUAUUCGACACUAUUAUUCUUUCAUCCUUGGUAUAGCAUACUGUUCGUUAUCUUCACUUUUCAUAAGUAAAUCAAUUCAAUUGUCA